AUGGGUAUUCCAAAGUUUUUCAGAUUUAUAUCGGAGAGAUGGCCAUUGAUCUCACAAUUAAUUGAUGAGAAUCAAAUACCGGAGUUUGAUAAUUUAUAUCUUGAUAUGAACUCAAUUUUACAUACUUGUACACAUUCAAAUGAUGGAUCAAUAACAAGAUUAUCAGAUGAUCAAAUGUAUGCUUCCAUAUUUAAUUAUAUUGAACAUUUAUUUAGUAUAAUAAAGCCUCAAAAGACAUUUUAUAUGGCGAUAGAUGGUGUUGCCCCCAGAGCUAAAAUGAAUCAACAAAGAGCAAGAAGAUUUAGAACAGCAUAUGAAGCAGAAUUAAACCUUAAGAAAGCAAUUGAAAAUGGUGAAGAAAUUCCAAAAGAAGAUCCAUUUGAUUCAAAUUCUAUAACACCUGGUACGGAAUUUAUGGCAAAAUUAACAGAAAAUUUAAAAUACUUUAUACAUAAGAAAAUAACAGAGGAUUCUCAAUGGUCAAAUAUUGAGAUUAUUUUAAGUGGUCAUGAAGUACCAGGAGAAGGUGAACACAAGAUUAUGGAAUUCAUUAGAUCAGUGCGAGCUCAACCAGACUAUGACCCCAAUUUAAGACAUUGCAUAUAUGGAUUAGAUGCUGAUUUAAUUAUGUUAGGAUUAGUAAGUCAUGAUCCACAUUUUGCAUUAUUAAGAGAAGAAGUUAAAUUUGGAGGCAAAUCAUCAUCAUCUUCAGGACCAAAAGAUGUCACAGAAACAAAUUUUUUCCUUUUACAUUUAAGUUUAUUAAGAGAGUAUUUAUCUUUGGAGUUCAAAGAAAUUGAAGAUGAUUUAUCAUUUGAAUAUGAUUUUGAAAGAAUUUUGGAUGAUUUUAUAUUGAUUAUGUAUGUUAUUGGUAAUGAUUUUUUACCUCAUUUACCUGAUUUACAUAUAAAUAAAGGUGCAUUCCCGUUAUUAUUAUCAACUUUCAAGCAAACUUUAGUACAAUCAGAUGGUUAUAUGAAUGAGGAUGGUAAAAUAAAUUCAAGAAGAUUGAAUAUUUGGGUACAUCAUUUAUCAGAGUUUGAAUUUGAAAAUUUUGAAGAAAAAGAAGUCGAUAUUGAAUGGUUUAAUAAGAAGUUGGAAGAUGUCUCAAUUAGUGGGGAGAAGAAAAGGAAAAAAAUUGGUAAAUUAUUGAUUUUAAAAGAGCAAAAAAAAUUAGUUGGAUUUAUAAAGCCAUGGCUUAUGGAAAUUUCAACUCAACCACUUUCGACAAUUAUUGAAUUAGCAAAUGAUGAAAAAUUACCAACUUUGAAAUUAGUAAAAGAGGAUGUUGAAAAUAAUUUGGACUUUUUAAAAAAAUUUGCUCUACAAGCUGGAUUUCUCAUCAUACAUUCAAAAUCUGAAGAUAAUUAUGUUGCCAAAUUUGAUGUUGAUGGUUUACCAACACUUGAAUCCGAUGAAGAAUAUGAAGAGAGAAUUAACGAAGUUAGAAAGACAAUCAAAACUUAUCAAUCAGCACAUUUGAUUGACAGUGAAGAUGUAUUGAAUGACACCAAAGAAGUUUAUCAAAAGAAGUUCAAAGAUUGGAAGAAUGAUUACUAUGAAGAUAAAUUACAUUUUAAUAUUGAUGAUACAGAAAAAUUAAUAGAAUUGACUGAACAUUAUAUUGAAGGUUUGCAGUGGGUGUUGUAUUAUUAUUACCGUGGUUGUCCUUCAUGGAAUUGGUAUUACAAGUAUCAUUAUGCGCCAAGGAUUUCAGAUAUAUCAGUAGGUUUAGAAGCGCUUAUAGAUAAAGGUGUUGAUUUAACAUAUGAUCCAUCCCAUCCUUUUAAACCAUUUGAACAAUUGAUGGCUGUUUUGCCCGCAAGAUCAAGAAAAUUAAUGCCAGCAGUUUACAGACAAUUAAUGAUUGAGGAGCAUUCACCAAUAAAACUGUUUUAUCCAGAUGAAGUUGAUGUUGAUAUGAAUGGUAAAACUGCAACUUGGGAAGCAGUUGUAUUAUUGGACUUUGUUGAUGAAAAAAAAUUAAUUGAAGUAUUAAAACCAAUUGAAGAUAAAUUAACACCGGAGGAAACUAAGAGAAAUUCUUAUGGGUUUAAUGUUAAAUUUAUUCAUAAUCCACAAAUUGAUAAAGUAUAUUCAUCUCCAUUACCUGGAUUUUUUCAUGACGUUGAACAUGAUAAAUGUUAUGAAGAAGUUUUCCAAUUAGCUAAAGUUGAUGAUUAUAGAAUUGGUAAAAUUGAAGGUGCUCGUUAUGGAACGGAUUUAUCAGCUGGUUUUCCAACAUUACAAUCAAUUUCUUUCUCAAGUGAAUUAGCUCAAAAUGAAGUUAAAAUUUUUAAUUUUUCAUCGAAAUCCGAAACUAUGAUUUUAAAUAUUGAAAAUAUUUGGUCAGACUUAUCAGUAAAGCAAUUUGCUCAAUCUUUUGUUGGAAGACUAAUUUAUAGUAAUUGGCCAUUUUUAAGAGAAUGUAAAGUUGUUAAAGUAUUGGAUGAUGAAUAUAAAUACGAAUCAGUGAGAAACGAAAAGGGAUUCAAGAGCGUUAUAUCAAAUGAAUUAACUAAUGAAGACAGAAGACAAUUUAAAUCUGAUGUAUCCAAUUUGAAGUAUUCUUGGGACAAAACCAAGGGUGUUAAAUUAGGUCCAAUUGAAGUUUUAUUAUAUGUUCAACCAGUUAAUGGUCUUAUUAGAAAUUCAAAAGGUGCUUAUGUUAAAACUUACUCAAAAGAAAUGGAAGUAUAUCCAAUUCAGUUAAUUGUCAAAGAAGUAUCUCAUAAAGAUCCAAGAUUUGCUACUAGACCUCCAUUGCCAAUAGAACAAGAAUUCCCAAUUAAUUCUCAAGUUACUUUCCUUGGUGAUAUGGGUUAUGGUGCACCAGCACAAGUUGUUGGAUAUAAUGGUGAUAAAUUGAGUAUCAAAAUUUCGAAAAUUUCAUCAGUUGCUGAACCAAAUAUAGGUAAAAAGAGAUUAUUUACUGAAUCAAAAGAAAUUCAAUAUGUCCCAUCAUUCGAAGUUGCUAAAACUUUGAGGAUUAACCCAUUAUUAUUGUCGAAAAUUACAAGUCAAUUUAUGGUUCAAGGUCCAGAUAAGAAAAUCAAUGUUGGAUUAGAAUUAAAAUUUGAAAGUAAAAGACAAAAAGUUUUAGGUUAUACAAGAAAAUCAUAUAAUGGUAAAUUCUGGGAAUUUUCUCCAUUAGCUAUAAAUUUAAUUAACACUUAUAAAAAUAAAUUUCCAAAAUUAUUUAAUAAUUUAUCUGAAGUUGGUGGUUCAGAAAUUCCUCAAUUAGCAAGAAUCUCAAGCCCUGAAGAAAUUCAACAAGUCAAAAAAUGGUUGAAAGAAGUUAAAGAAGAUUUAAUUCCUGUUUCAUUAGAAAGUCAAUCAUUAACCAAAUUUAGUUUUGCUGCUAUUGAACAAUACAUGGAAAAUUACAUUUUGAACACUAUCCCAUUCAUCAACAAAGAUAUCAGAGGUGUUCCAAGAAAUGCAAUCUUGAAUGCUAGUGAAUCAUAUCAAUUACUAAGUGAACAAAAAUUCGAAUUAGGAGAUAGAGUAUUAUAUGUUCAAGAUUUUGGUAAAGUCCCAAUUUUAUCAAAAGGUACAGUUGCUUCUAUUUUCACAGUUGGAUCAAAAACUUCAUUAGGUGUUAUAUUUGAUGUUCCUCAAUUAAGUGGUAAUACCAUGAAUGGAAAAUUAACAACUAAUCGUGGUUUAAUGAUUGACUCUUCAUUGGUCUUGAAUUUAACAAAUAAACAAUUUGUUUAUCAUUCUAAAGCAUCAAAGACUAGAAAACCAAUGAGUGAAGAUGAAAAAAUAGCCAAGAUUAAACAACAGCAACAACAACGUCAACAACAAUAUCAACAACAAAAAGAAGCUCAAUCACAAUCACAACCGAGGGAACAAGAAGGUCCAAAACCACCGAAGAAGAUUUUACCAAGAGUUGACAAAAAAGAUGAUGCUAAGCCUAAAUUCACCAAAAAGACUUCUCCAUCAGCCAAGGAUCAACCAAAAGAUAGAGAAGAACCUUCGAAAAUAAAACCUACAAAUGAAUUAUUAUCAUUAUUGAGAAAAAAGAAAUCAAAUGAUUUGUCAAAGGGAGAGAAAGAAGAACCAACAAAAGUUGAUAAAUCUGAAGAAACAUCAGAUGAUUCUAAUUCACGUAAUCCAAAUGCUAUCAAACAAGUUUAUAAUCAAAUUUAUUCAAAUGUAAUGAAUCCAGCUACCCAACCUCAACCACAACCUCAUCAACAACCAAUGUUUAAUGGACCUCAAUAUGGUCAACCUAUGCCAGCACCACCUCAUUUUGUUCCAAAUUUUGCAUAUCCUCCACAACCAUACCCACAACAAUUCCAGCACCCAACAUCAACUCAGCAUUAUCAAGUGGAUGGAUAUAAUGGAAAUCAAGAGGGUGGUAGUGGUCAUCAAAAUGAAUUAAAUGGAGAUAAAAAGGAACCAAAUGCAAUUGAUAAAUUUUUAAUGAAUGCUAAAAAAGCUGAGCAAAAAGUUGAAGAAGGAGUUAAAGAAGUUGGUGAAAAAAUUGACAAGGCAGUCGAAAAAAAAGAAGACUAA